CUUUCUCCAGCCAUUAAUAUCAUCUCUUUGAUCUCUUCAUUGCUUCUGUUUUCCUACAUCAUCAUCACUAUUUUUUGGGGGGUUUGGUUUCUGUGUAUAAUAUGGAUGACCUUGUCAUCCACCAUCUUCUCAUUUACCCCAGACACCUUCAACAACCCCAUAAAAAGCCCCAUUUGAAUUAGCCUCCAAGACUGUUAUCUUUCUGCUGAUGAUUUUAAAGUUGGGAUGGUGAUAUGAGUUCUAAGGUCCAAUUCAUGGACUCUACCUUCCUGCUCGAUGAAGCAACAAGGACGAGCUUUCUUCGCUAUGUGAUGGAGUCUUUUGGCUGCUCUUACAUUUGCCUUUGGUCAUAUCAACCGCACCCAUCCAGCUGCUUGCGCUUCCUGGAUGGGUGCUACCAUGAAGAGAACAGCAACCAACCCUGCUCCUCAUCUGGGAGUCUAGCUAGGAGGCUUUUCAACGAAUACUGUAAUUCAGUAUUCAUCCUCGAAAACGACAUCAGCCGAGUUCCAGGGGAGGCGUUCAAGAAUUGCGUGUCGUAUAUGGAGUUGAAUGAAUCCCAGCUCGGUAGGAUGGCAACAGCCCCAGCACAAAUGAAAUUCUACCAGGAAGCUAGGAUUAAGACUGCGGUAUUCAUGGGGUGCAGGAGCGGAGAGAUCGAAUUGGGCAUGUCCAAUCCAACAAUGAAAAACUUGGAAAUGGAGACGAAAAACUGGUUCCUUGAGGACUUCUCUCCACAGUUUCCUCAGCCUGCUGACCAGAACCGGCAGUCGUCCUCUUCGUCGAGAUCAAUGUCCAUGGACAGCCCAGAGUACCCUCAGGCUCUUCUAUUCAAUAUUCCAAACACAUCCUACAUUCCAGAACCCCUCAAAGAGGUUUCAAUGGAGCCAGCGUUGGGGCCACCAUCAACCACAAUUAGUACUCCACAUGAGCAAGCCAUGCAGGCCUUGAACCAAAUCAGAAGCCUCAAUUUCCCAAGCUUAGAGAGUGAACAUGCUGCAAUGACCAGAGCCAUCCUUGCUGUCAUAUCUUCUUCUCCUCCAUCUUCUUCUUCUUCUUCUCAUCACCCACCCCAGCAUAAUUAUGUCAGUGCUUUCAGGAAUUAUAAAAAGCCUUCAACAGCCCAAUUGACAGCCAGUUCAGGCAGGCAAAGUAUGCUCAAAAGAUCCAUGGCAUACUUUAAAAACUUACAUUUGAGGAGAAGACAGGAACUUAUACAAGGAAGCCAUCCUUCAGUUUCUCAAUUACACCAUAUGAUAUCAGAGAGGAAAAGGCGAGAAAAGCUCAAUGAAAGCUUCCAUGCAUUGAGAACACUGCUUCCUCCCGGAUCCAAGAAAGACAAAGCAUCAGUUCUUAGCGGUACAAGGGAGUACUUGAGUUCUUUAAAAGCUCAGAUUUUAGAGCUUACCCAAAGAAACCAGGCUUUAGAAGCUCAAAUUAACCUGAAAAAUGAAGGUAAUAAUGAAGGGGGCGGUGGUUCUUCGAAUGAGAGACUGAGUGUUCAGAUUACAAAUGCCUCAGAACCAACACCAGAAGAGAGAAACAUCGACUUACAAGUGACCGUGAGAGCAGACUGUUCUAUCCUGGAUUUGGUCAUCAGGAUAUUGGACUUCCUGAAACUGGUUAAGAAUGUAAGCUUGAUGUCCAUGGACGCUAAGACCCGGAUGGCAGAAACAAGUCCCAUUAAUCACGUAAUCCUGAGAUUGAAAAUCGAGGCCAGUGAAUGGGACCAGUCUGCCUUCGAGGAAGCCAUAAGAAGAGCUGUUGCAGACCUGGCAGUAUGACUAGGCAAAAUCAUCCGCUGCGGUGCGCCGCUCUGUCGCUGAUACCGCCCAUCCUUCUACAACCAAUCUGACUGCCUGGUCAAUUCCCACAAUUUUUUUUCAUCCAAUUUUGCUUGAUUUUCUCCUUUUAGUAAGCUUAGCUAGCCAUUAACUCUCAAUGUAUACGAGAAUUUUGGAUCACAAAAGCAUAUGAUUAAUGGAAUGACUUUAGAUUUCUCA